CCGACACAGAAUUACCUUACAGGGCUAUGCACAUCUUAAACAAUGUAUUGUGUCGCGUCACUCUUCCAUACCUAACAUCACUGUUUAGCACGAGCUCCCCAAACUGUUGCCACACUAUCAAACCUCACGCGAUUUCCGCUUCUAUAUGUCUUCACUUCAUGUUUAAACUAUGGAGGACCUGACAGGGCAGCGUGUAGCUGUCCCCGCAGCUGAAUGGGGCCGUUCUGGUAGCGCUUUCUGGGGUACCGUUGUCGAAAUAGGCCUCGAUGUUAAAGGCGGAGAGUGCGCAGGCAUCAAAUUGGACAGUGGCCCCCUGUUCCACUGGCCUUCAUCUCUGGUGCGGCAAUGGCUGAAGUCGCACUCCUUAGCACCGGAUCCAAAACGUCCAAAGCUGUCACCAGUUACGAAUGUGGCUGGAGCUGGGUAUCAGACCACAUUAAGCGCGCGUGCCCUCACCACGGAACCCACCGCACUUCAGCGGGGUCUUGAUGAUAUCUUUGGAGUGGCUACACGCCAGGCCGCAACACAGCACAUGUCUUCUCCACGGGAAGGGCACGGGUACCAGCAGCCAAUAGCGGCCUGCAAGGGCCAGCCGGGCGCUGUGGCGCCUCUGGGGAAGUCCCCAGCCAUGCGUAAGGGACCAGGUCAGCCGGCACAAGUAGGACUCCGCAGCAGUGGCGGCGCAGGUUCGGGGUGCGCCGGCUCUAGCGCCGGGGGGGGCCCUUUAGCACCCGCGGCGAGCACCGCAGCCCCGGGCCGGCGGGCCACGUCCUCCUCCUCCACAGCAACUGCCGAACGACACUUGCCGUCUUGCGCCGUGCAAGCAACCAACCAGGGUCAUGGCAUGCACGCUCCAAACGGCCGCCACGCAGCAGCGGCAGCAGCAGCAGCGGCACCAAGCGGGCCGGGAGGGGGCAACGGCGUCUCGACCCAAGAAGGCGCACCACCCCAAAAGGCUUGCACAUCUGGGAACACGGCGGCCGCGCACGUGAGCCGCGUCGUGAAAAUAGAACCAGAUGUCGGGACCACAGCUAAAGAGACUGCUGGGGCAACCAAUUCUACAGCAGCAACAACAAGAGGUGUUGCUGGCGUUGCGGCCUCAGGAAACGGCGGGCCUUCGGCUAGACCGGAUGCAGCAGUAGCGGCAGCAGUACCGCUAAGUGGCAGUAGCGGGGACGUGGACCGUUUGGACGCGGUGGCAGUGGACAAAGACAAGGUGCCCCCGCCGGCACCUCAGCAGCCGGUAGCCUGCACCGCUGUGGCGGGAGGCCAUGCGGCCGCCGAAGGCAGCGGCGGCGGCGGCGCUAAAGGCCCGGCGAAAAGGCCCCACGCCGCUGCUGCCAACGUCAGAGGUGCUGACGCCAACCCUGGAGCCCCCAUGCAUGCGGCGACCAGUGCGAGUUUGCCUCCACCGCCGCCGCGAGGCCAACCAGGGCCGGGGAGGCCGCCCCCCGGUAGCUCCCGGCGUUCCGUCCAGCAGCCUCACGUGGCGCCGAAUGCUGGACGGGUGCCGGGUGGGGAGGCGGCGGCGGCGGCAGCCAUUGCAGGAGCAGCCGGUGGCGGGGCCCUGCCGGCGAACUCGCCGCCGGCGCAGCCGAUUACGACGGGGGCCGCGGCGCUGGCUGCUGGUAUACCCUUGGGGCGGUUCUUUUAUUUCGGUGCAUGAGAGCAAGUGUAUGAGAGCAAUUAGACGUUUGGGCCGCCCUGGCAGGGCUAAGUGGUAGCAAUAUGCCGUCGUGGUGCGGUUAGGUGGCGGGUGUGCUCGGCAGGAUGGUGGUUGGAAACAGACAGGUUGCAUAGGCGCAAGAUUGAGAGAGCAGGAGUACCGGGGGGUUUAGCACGAGGGCCAUGGUCUUAGCGGGAGACAAAAUGAUACUCAUCAUUCCGCUCUUGGGGCGGGAUGCUGCGCUUGCUGCCCCCAGCAUCCCAGCCCCACUCCUACCUGCAUACACUUUGCUGGGUUUGCAGUCUUUUUGGAGGAGGUGAUGUAUCGUACCAUUCGUACAGAACUUGACAUUUAAGCGAGCGUUACUAGAUUUGGACUUGUACAAAGCAGGAUUGCAGAAUGGAGCUGUCAUGCGUUUAGGUAGCUUGAGAGCGGGUUUGGCAGUUAUCGUGGAGGGUUGUGUUUUCUUUUGUCAACCCGACUCCCUUUCUUUGUCAAUUCGAUGGUUGCACAUGAGUGGGAUGCAUCGUUGGGGUUAAGGGCGCCCGGUGGGUCCUGCAUUGCAUCGCUGCUUAUAACGCCGGUUAUGCAACUUGUUGGUCAAGACGAUUAGCAGGAGGAGAUUGGGGUUUCUGAUGGGUCGGCGCGUGGGCGCAUACCCUUGUUGCCGCAAAUAGUCUUCUCCUUCCUAAGAAGGAGUGCAAAUAAACGAUCCUUUUGAGGAUACGUCUGUAGGUUCUGUGGGCCAGAGCUGGUACUGAAGUCUGGAGGCUUCACCGUGAUCUGUGGGGCUAGACCAGGAGCAAUGACCCAUGGGUCGGCUGUCCUAUCUUGUAAUGGCGUGGACAUU